AUGGCAGAUCAAGGGACCAUGCUGUCGCCCUAUGACUUUUAUGAUGAUGGCCCAUUAACCGAUAGUCUUUCGAUUAUAUUGAACGAAGUUGAGAAUCCAACCCUGUUGGGUUUGCCGGCACCGGACCAUAUUGGUGGCCAAGCCUCUACUUCCCACGAUCACCACCGCCACCACCACCAUCAACAUCAUCAUCACACUCCUGCUCUUACUUGGGAUGGUUUGCCAGUUGAUGCUAAUCUUGAUCCUGGUGUGGUAGGGAGUGGUUCUUAUUUUGAACAGGGUCCUCCUCAAAUUCAUGAUGAUCAUCAAGAAACGAAUAAUAAUAACACUGAUAACAAUAAUCUUCACGAUCAAGAGAAUUUUGGGUUAUUGCCACAAAUUAUUACUAGCAGUAGUAAUGAUAAUAAUGGUGAUGGUGGUGGUGGUGGUUGUGGUGGUAAUUCAAGGCUACUUCACGAUUGGCCUCCACCGCCUGUUCCGUUCAAUUGUAGUUGUUGUCAAGUGCUUAGAGAAAUCAUUCAUGUCAAUGAGUUCAACAACUACAUGAAACUUGAGAUUCACGGAAGACUUGGUAUGAUCUGUCAUGCACUUUGUGAGACUAGGACUACUAUUGUCAAUGAUAUAGGGACUAGUACUUCACAUAAUCCUCAGUUUGAAAUGUUCGAUUUUUGUAGACAAAGCACUGAGGAAGUGAAACAGUUUCUAGUAAAGUAUUGCUCACAAAGAAAAAUAGAGGGUUAUGUUAUGUUGAAUGAUCCCUUGUCUCCCUUCUACGAGGCUUUGUGCGUUGGUUUAGAAUGGGAUGACUUUUCUUUUGAUAACGAUUUUGACUUCUUUCCCACAUCUCCACUCAAUUCAGGGCAGCAGCAGCAGCAGCCAGAACAAACUGAUUCUCAACCUGAAGCAGCACCAGCAGCAGCCCCAAGUGAGUUAGAAAGGAAUAAUCCCAGGAUAACUCUUGCAGAACAGAGGCAGAGAACUGGAAGGUUGACACUGGUGGAUCUACGUGAGUAUCUGCAUCUUACGAUUGAAGAGGCUGCAAAGGCUAUGAAUGUGUGCCCAACUGUCCUCAAAAAGAUAUGUCGCCGAAGUGGUCUGCAUAGAUGGCCUCACAGAAAGAUCAGAAGCAUUAAAAGGAAAAUAUCAAGCUUGAGGCCCAGUUUAGAGUCUAACAACCCAGAGAUCAGGGAGCAGGCUCAAGCUGAAAUCGAUCAACUUAGACAAGAGGCCACCAACAUUUGUGGUGGGGUCGAUAUAGUGGGAUUAUAG